AUGGCCCGUGGUGGGCACCCCGAGGGUAUGCAGCCGUACAUGAACGCGCUCCAACUCGCCGCCUGCGCUGCGAACGAGCAGCUCCCCUACUGCCCUGAGCUGCCUGCGGACAUAUUCACGUUGUGCUUGACGUCGCCGAUCAACAUCGCGCUGAGGUACUUCAUCAUGACAUACCAGCUCCCAGACAACAUCACGCCCAACAUGGUCAUGCAGCUCCCCGGCGACCUCAAGGACCGGCGCACGCCGCUCGGUGAGCUCAACUGGAUCUUCACCGCCGUCACGGACACGAUCGCACGGACGACCUUCCCACGCGACAUCUUCACGCGCCUGUACCGCUCGGACCUCCUCAUCGCCUCCCUCUUCUGCAACUUCCUCCUCGCAGAACGCAUCAUGAAGAACUACCACUGCACCCCGCACACGCACCCAGCCCUCCCGUCCAUGAACACGCACCAGCUCUGGGCAGCAUGGGACCUCGCCGUGGACAUCUGCCUCCGCCAGCUGCCCGACCUGCUCGAAAAGAACACAGCCUCAAUCCCACCUAAUCCGAAUCCAGGCCAGACGCAGCUGCGCAAGGGGCAGCAGCAAGCACAGGAGCCCGUGCAGAUGGUCGCGCCCGAGAAGCAGUACCAAUGUUUACAUCCCGAGCCGCUUCUUCACGGACCAGCUCACCGCAUUCGAGGUGUGGAUAUCGCGCGGCGGCUCGGCGCUCACAAAGCACGGGCCGAUGUCGCUGCCCGUCGACGCGGCCGCGGCCGCCAUUACCUCGCCAUCGCUGCUUGCGCCCUCCCUCUCCCAGAUGUCAACGAGGAGCAUGACCCGGUUUUCAGCACUUCAACACCGUCCUUGAGCACCUUUGCCUCGAGAGCAGCUGCUCUCGGGGGGUGCAGGACGCCUCUGGGCUACGCGUACACAAAGGCCCGGUACGGCGGUGCAACGCCGAGCGAUAGCACGCUGUUCUUUCGCAGGACAGCAACUCCCCCGGCUCCACCAGCGGCAACUCAGGCUCAGCACGGCGGCGCGCGGUGGCGACGUUUAUCACGCACCUGUCAACUCCACCUCCCCUAUGCACGAACUGCUUGGGCGAGGGCUACAUGGCGGGCUAUGCGCCCACUUAGGCCUUCAUACCCGCACGACGUGCUCGCCUUGGUCUUCUCCAUGCGCGGCCUCGGCUGGAAAUUUGGCAAGGGCGUCUACAUCCCACACGACACCCGCGUGCUCUCGCACGGACCCUUCCUCCUCACCACCCUCCAGCCCCUCAUGAAGCUCACCCCUGCCGUCGGCACCCCGCACGAUGGCAUCAUCUCCGUUCCCUCCCACCCCUUCCCGCAGCGCUACCUUGUCAGCACACCUCUGCACUUUGCCUCCGGCUUUGUGUACAUGCGGCUUCAACACGGCUAA